UAAUGGUCAUAUUUUCUGUCAAUGUCGACUUGUGCUGUUUUAAUGGUUUUGUAGAAAGUAUUGUUCUGGGUAGCAAAUAAGAGGUCUGUCAGGGUUUGUUAUUGUUUCGCCAGCUGGCCUCUGUCGGCGUAGCUAGCAAGAUUAGAUAACCGGCCAGCUAGCCUGCUAACGUGGCUAACUUUGGUGCUUAGCCUGGACGCCGGUAGAGGAACAUGAUUUAUUUAUAACCUUACCGGUAGCAUAACACCUUUGGGUGGACAAGUGUUUCUAAAUUAGCUUUUUGUGGUUGCGGGCAGACGAACACCAUUCUUUAGCUAACGCUAGCUAGCUACUAUACUUGCUAAGGUAACGUUACCUAGCUAACGUUAUCUCGUUAUCUGUCUGUUCAAAGCUAGGGUUAGGGUAAUAAUAGGGUAACGUUAAUAUUAUUGAAGGCAGCAAGUGUAUAUUAUGUAAAUAAAUUAAAGGGGCAUCUGCAGUUCAAACAACCACAAAUCACAUCCCCGCCACUGUUUUGGCAAACAGCUGAGGGAUGGGGCUGGAGAAAUGUAACCACUCUCAUAUUCAGAGACGGAGCUAUGCAAAGACUGACCAUCCAUGAUAUCCUUGGCACAGUUGGUAGAGCUUGGCUCUUGCAACACCAGGGUUGAGGGUUCGAUUCUCAUGGGGACCAGUACGAAACAAGUAUCAAUUGUCCUUGUAAGUCGCAGCCCUGCAUUCCAAAAAGGAAGACGAGUACUUCGCCAUGAGCUCCGAUGGGGACGGUGACAUGGAGAAUCAGGCUGAGCUGGAAGAAAAGACUAGGCUUAUAAACCAGGUGUUGGAGCUUCAGCACACUCUAGAAGACCUGUCGUCGCGUGUGGACGCAGUGAAGGAGGAGAACCUGAAGUUGAAGUCUGAGAACCAGGUUCUGGGUCAGUAUAUCGAGAACCUCAUGUCUGCCUCCAGCGUGUUCCAGACCACUGACACCAAGAGCAAACGAAAGUAAGCGACCAGCCAGGAACCCCCUUAACCAAACCACCUCCCCUGGCCCCCUCUACCUUCAACCAAAUCCCUCAUAACCCAUAUACCACCCCAUAACCGCCCCCGAACUACAGCUGGUAGAGUUUAUGCCUUUGUCAUCAUGACAACCCUAGACCCUUCCCUCACUUUGCUCCCUGUAAGAUUUUUUCAGUGAAGCUCAAUUUUCCAUUUUUACGUUGGGUUACUUUUUCCCUUUUGUAUUUGUUACAGUAUUACUGUCAUUGUUGCACAGUUGUUGUAUCCAAAAUGAUGUUAUUUUGUGGUGUAUACCUUUAUUAUCUGUUACUACACAACCUCACCUGGAGGAAGAGACAAGGGAACUGUGUCAUUUCAGAUUGCCUUGUAGUUUAGGUUGCAAAAUUCUGUUAACUUUCCCCAAAUUCUCAGGUUUUCCAUUAAUUCCGGCUGGAGUAUCCCCAGAUUUCCUGCUUAAUCUUUUUCUGGAAAACCAGGGAAUUUGGGGAAAAUUACUGGAAUUUUGCAACCCAAAGGCUAAAUCAUUUAAUUUAGAUUGUCAUGUUUUAAUAUUGUUAGUCAUCAAUAUUAUUAGACUAUGGUUUUAGUUCUAGGCUCAAUUGCAAUGAUGAUUACUUCUCUCCAAUGCCAAAGUUUUCCUCAAACAAUGGUUAAAGCAGAGCUCAGCCCUUGUAUUGUCUCACAUAUAUUGUCAUUGAAUUAAUCAUUUGGGGCUUGCUAAUAUGUGUCACUGGUGGAUAAAGUUAAUUCAUUGCAUUUGUGAUCCAGAGGAAGUCACCCUAAACCUGCCGUGUAUGUAUUGCGUUGCCGGUGUGUACAUUUGACCAUUAUGUUGCUCUUUUCAAAUACAUUUGUUUUAAUAAAACUGUUUUAUUUGCCUUUUUGA